CAGUGGCGGCAGUAUAGCAGAUUUUAGUUCCAAUUCGACCGAACGUGACAGUGCCAUUCAGACUGCCACAGAUCAAGGCGAGAGCGGUAGUAACAGCAGCAUGAGUACUGGUAGUGGCAGCAGUGGCGGUGGUGGCAGCAGUGGCGGUGGUGGCAGCACUGACCCUCAGCAGCAGAUCUUCCUAGUCAAGUUACCAGAGCAGACACCAGCGGUUUGUGCUCCCACUUUGAGGUUCCCAUGCUUCGUCCAAACAACGUAGCAAUUCAAAAAGUAAUAUUUGCUAAUCUGUACUAAAUACAAUAACUACGCUCAUAGGUCAUCACCGAACAGCCAGGAUAAUCGCUCAAAUGGGUCCCUCUCUUCUUCUUCGCCGUCGGAUAAUGGACCGCCACCCAGGGUAGGAACAACAACAACACCCCUCGACAAUGAUCAGAAUCAUUCCUCUACCAUCACUACCACCUCUACACCGACCUCUGGUUCUGCUCAGUCAUCGCCAUCCACACCCACCACUACUACUACUACUACCGGGAAGAAUAUCAGUAACCCGAUCACAAUCGGUACCUCUAGUGAGAACGAUAGUACUAAUGACAGCAACAAUAACAACAACAAUACCGCUCAAUCCAAGGAUAAGCUCACCAAGCGGCAAGAUGGUCAGCAACAAAGAAGGCCGCGAGCACGUAGUGAGGCUUCCCUUUCCACUGUCGAGCCGCAACAGAACUCGUCGACACCCACAAAAGAGACGACGGCGACCCCAACAAAACGACGGCCGCGUAGACACAGCUUUGGUGAAAACAGCAGUUGUAGCGACAGUUCUUCUGAAAAGAAUGAGGGCAGCUAGCAGAUCGCCGCUAUUGCUAACAGUUACAUGUCAUUCUCGCUCAUGCUCGGCUUCGACGGCUAUAACAACAUGUAUUCCCUUAAUCCUAUGCCCUUCUGAUUCUUUCUACUGCGCUGUGUUUAUUAACAUCAUAUUGAACCAUUCCCCCCUUGCCCCCACUUUUCUUGUUUGGAUACACACACACACACUCUCUCUCUCUCUCUUUCAAAGUCUCCUGAUAUCCACAAAAACCCUACUCGUACGCAUUCCUCUUUCUGGUACACCUUAGUCGUGUUUUUUGUAGAUGUUUAUUUUCUGUUAGCUAGUCAAGCGAUUGUAUGCAAAAAGUUGGCAAAUUAUUAUUACUUUUGGCUGUUAUUCCGUGUGCAAUUACGUCAUGGAGUAUGCAUGCAGUGCUUAGAACUAAGGAAAAAAAAGCUAAUCAUGUGUGUUUUGCUGCU